AUGCCUUUCUCUAUCUUCUCACGCAAGAAACCAUCUCGUAAAUUCACCAGUUUCUACUCCGAUUGGUCAAAAACCCUAACCGAAAGUCACCUCCCUCUCCUCCGUCAAUCCCUUUCCUCCGCCGCUUCCGCCGCCGUAAUCUCAACCAACGUCGAUCUCGUCCUCCGUCACUUAGUCUCUUACUACGAAGCCCUAGAUCUCGCCGCCGAUUCAAACACAAUCCCUUACCUUCUCUUCCCUACAUGGCGCAACUCUCUCGAGUCUCCUUUCCUCUUCCUCGGCGAUAUCCAUCCUUAUCUCCUCACUAAUCUCCUUCGAUCCUUCAUCGAUCGAGAGAAUCAAGACUCCGAUUACGAAGAUCUGAAGCUAGAUCUGGUGAAUCAACAACAACAACCGUUGAAGAUCGCGACUGCUUGGAAAGAUCCGUCUGAUGAAUUGGUUACGAGAAUCGAUCAGAUCGAGUGUACGAUGAGGCUUAUGGUUCCUGUUUUGAUGGAUCGAGUGAGGAAAACGCAGAGAGGUUUCGUUUCUCGUGUCUCUGAGAAUUGGUUUUUGGGUUAUCAAGGUGCGAAGAGGAAGAAGACGACGACGACCAACCCGGUGACGGCGAUUUCUCCGGUGGAUUUGGCGGCGAAGGAAGAGAUGGAGGAGCUUGUGAGUGUUUUUGUUGAUGCGAAUCGAUUGAGGAAGAGUGUGAUUACUGAGAUUGUUGGAGCUACGAAUGAGCAUCAAGCUGCUCUGUUUCUUGAAGGUUUGUGUCAGUUUCUUGUUGGGUUUAAAGAUCAGCUUCUUCUUCAAGAUUUUGAGCUCGUUGCUUUGCCUAACCAUGGUUGA